AUGGCUACUUCAAUUUCUGCAACUGGGUUUAAGGGAGGUUUUGGGACUUCCUUUAAGGGAAGUUGGGGUACUUCAAUUGUUGGUGAAGACUAUGCCAUGUUGGUUAAGUCAGUGCCAAACCAUGUUAGAGUUGCAAAGCCAGUGAAAUUGCCUCCCAUGAUGAAGAAUGUUAAUGAAGGAAAGGGUCUUUUUGCACCUCUUGUUGUUGUCACACGUCAAAUAAUUGGCAAGAAAAGGUUCAAUCAGCUUAGAGGCAAAGCAAUUGCUCUACACUCACAGGUGAUUACCGAAUUCUGCAAAUCCAUAGGAGCAGAUGCAAAACAAAGGCAAGGACUGAUUAGGUUGGCCAAGAAGAAUGGAGAAAGACUUGGAUUCCUUGCUUGA